AAUUUCAAAAAGAACUCCAAGAAAAAGUCAAGGAAGGAGUUAAACCGAGUGAUAUUAUGAAAUUAAAAAGAAGUAAAUCGGAAAGUGAUAUUAGUAAUAUUCCUACUCCGCCUCCUUUGCCUGAUAACUCGGAACUAAUUGCCUUACAGCAGGAAAAUACCGAAUUAAAAAAAACAAUUACCGAGUUAGCGGAAAAGCUU